AUGAGGUUUGCUGCUAUAAUAAAGAAAGUGUUAGAGAAAGACAGAAGACUAAAAAUAGUCAUAUUAGGGCCGGACAAUGCGGGGAAGACAUCUUUAUUACGGGCAUAUUUAAACCAGAACAUAGCAGACAUAAAGCCAACGUAUGGGUACCAAAUAGUAAAUACAGAAAUGGAAGUGGAGAAAAACAAGUACGAAAUAGAAAUAUUAGACAUAGGAGGACAGAAAUCUAUCAGGGCAUAUUGGGAUACGUACUACUCAGGAGUAGAUGGUGUACUCUUUGUGUAUGAUACGUAUGGUACAGAUGAGUAUAAGAAAAUCAUUGAAAACACAGUGAGUCAUCCCACUUUACAAGAUACUGAAUUUAUAUGUGCAUCAAAUAAAGCAGAUGACAUAACACAGGAAGAGACUCAGCAGACAAAGUACAUUCAAAUAACACAGCAUAAUCCUGAAAUACCACGGACUGACCCAGGAUUUGAUUUUAUGGCAAAUACAGAAAAUAUAUCAGAGAACCAGCAGAACACUGUUAAUAAAGAAAUAGAAAUAAUUUAUACAUCAGCCAAGAAUAAAAUAAAUGUGGAAAGAGUCUUUAGAAGACUUAUAGAAAAUAUUUUAAAAAAACAGAGAAAUGCCGUUCUGUAA